AUGCGUCUUCUACGAGGUGCCCCUGCUCCGAGUUGCACAUUCUCACAUGCUUGCACUUUCCACUCGAGGUUCAACCGCCGGCGAGGAGCUGCUCUGCAUCUUGAAGCAGAUGUUGCCUGCACUGGUGCCCGCCUUAGCCUCGGUCCACCGCUUCGCGACGCAGCUUUCUGCCCCAAGGCCACCGAGGAAGACUUUGAGCAGCUCCGGGAGCCUUGCCAGCUGCUCCUGGCUGCUUGCCGCUGCCUCUCAGAGGAUCCGGAGGAGGCCGCCAAGCAAGCUCUGGAGAUUCUUCGCUUGAAGCCCUCCUCGGUGUCAGCCGAUGAGCUCGAAGCGCUUGGGGUCGCGCUUGGGGACAGGAAUCCUCUAGAUUACUUUGGUGUGGAGCUCUACCGGAGUGGAGUUCAGCGCAUUCUGGAAUGUUUCAGCGCCUGGACAGGUGAUUCUGCCUUCGAAAAAACGCAGCCGCGCAUCAAAGCGGCGCUGACAGUGCUGGAGCGUCGUUUUGCAAGGCUUCGUGGGCAGUCCUUAGACGCCGGCAGUCCGGGAGACACCACGAAGGAGCAAACAUGGCACCGGCUAUUCGAUGAAGUUGACACGGAUAAGAUGGAGGAGUGGUGGAAGGCCUUGGAGGAUGAUUGCAACCGCGAGCUUCGGCGACUUUUUCAGUUCGAGAACCUGAAGAUGAAGAAGCUUCUCCGAAAGCUGUUUAAGUCUUCGGUCCACGAAGAAGCAGAGAGCUCCGUGUCGCGAGACGAGUUUGUGCUGGCGUGCAGGAUGGCAGAGCGGGAUGAGCUUCUGUGGCACUUCGUGCACAUGGUGGCAGGUCAUGACAUGGAAAGCGCAGACUGCAGGUCCGUAGCAACUGAAGAUGUCGAAGGAAGCAACAUUGAGGAAGGCUUGCGGAAGGAGAUGUGGCUCAGGCUGAGUUUCGCGUCUGGCAUAUUGAUCCAGCUUUACCGAGGCAUCUGGCAGAGGCUCGCUGAGAGCCCGCUGGAGGCGUGGCGCCAACACUGUGAAGGCAUCUGCAAGCCCCUCGAGGAGAUUCGGAAGGACAUUAGCAAGGCGAAGCUGGGGCAAGACUUUGUCUAUCUGGGUUCCGGCUGCGAUGAGAUUGACAAGGUGCUGACGGGUUCGUUUUCUGAGCAGCUUUUCGUGAAAGUGGCCUUCAACACCAGCAAAAGUCGGCAAGAUGUGUCAAUUUUCUGCCAGUUGUGCCCUGAGCUCUGGCUGGGAAUCGACUACGUUUUCAGCGAUGACGGGUGCUGCGCGUUCUUCUCGCGGGAGGGCUUCGAGAAAUGGAGAAAGUCGGACAAGUGGAGAGAAAUCUGGAACAGAGAGAAGCAGGCUCACGAACAAGUGCGCCGAGAAAGCAGUACAACCGGAAGCAGAUUGGAAGAUCGGGAAUCGGCUGCUCUCGAGGACGGCGCCUCGCCAUCUGGAAUCCAUCGAACCGACUGCCAUGCUAGCACUGUCGUCGAGCAGCCGGAGAUCGGGUUUGCCGAUCGGCUCUCGGAAAAUCUUGAGCAUGCCUCGGAGUCAAACAGAGAGAAGCUACAGGUACACCAGCCCCUCACGCCGACGUACAUGCCGGAUCAGCGGGUAUGCCAGACAGUUUACCCUGGCAUGUUCAACAUCAAUCUCUUCAACUUUCCUUCGGCAGCUGAGCAGGUGGACAAAUGCACAGACGCGAUGCAAGCGCCGCCGCUGGACGCCAACAGCUAUUUGCAGACGGAAGCUGCUCUCUAUCUCUACUGCGACGUGCUGGACAAGCGCGGCCUUCUCGCGACGACUCCGGAAGGACCUUGCAAAGACUUUCAAGACAUGUUGUCUGUCUUCACCGGCUAUGACGCGAAAGACAUUCAUGUGCAGGCAAUGGGUUUCAUCCAGGAUGAAGUCGAGGCCGUGAUGCUGAAGGCAGAGAUUCGCCCAGCGGAGACGACAAUUCAAAAACUGCGCGCCGUGCAACAGAGACUGCUUUCGAUCAAGACAGCCUGCAGCUCCAGGGAAUUCUUCGACAAGUUCCCUGCCAACGGUGGCAUCCAAGUGAGCACCACAUGCUGCAUCGACAACCUGGGAGGGCCAGCGUCGACGUCGCUGGCGGGCUGCCUCAGCUGCUCUCAUCUCUCGGCACACAUGGACAUCCAGGAGUUUGCGGCAGACAUGGGCACAGGCUGCACGUACUCUGACCAUGUCCACGAGGUCUUGGCCCAUCUAUCAGAUCUGGGACUGAUAGAUCAAGUGCAGGUGCUGCAGGGCAUCGCUGGUGCGCGGCGCCUUUACUUCAACCUCCGUCCAAGAGAGGCACCGACGCUGGAGGACCUGCGAACGCUCCAAGCUGAUCUCGUUGAGUUCUUCGAAGCUCGCUCAG